CUGAUGGUGUGAAAUAAUUAGCCCCUGUCAAAGUAUCUGAUCUUUGAACCAGUAAGGAUUAUCCGUCUGUAAGGCACACGCAUACUGAUUGCCAGUGACAAACGUUUUAUGCUAGUUAUGUUUUAUACAGACAAUUGAUGUAAGACCCUUGGACUGCGGUCUUUUCUAAGACAGCCUGUUUUGCACAACUGGGGCUAAAGUUUUGAAACAGGCGAAAUACAAUGUAUGGCAACCCCAUCGGACUUUAAUGGCCAGCGUACAUGAGAUGUGAUAGGUGUCUAGUCUGCUGAGUUUGUGUCAUUUACUUCGUUACUCUGGAUGGAGACGACGGACCAGGAAAGUAUAUAAAGGCUUUAAAGGCAGAUUCGACACUGGACGCAUAAGACAUUCUGCGGGAUUCUUGUUGGAAACCUACGGAUAUGAUAAGGACAUCCACUGCUUAUAGUAGGGCUAAAUACUGUCCUGCUUGAAAACUGCGUUUGUGCAAAAUCACAUUUUUGUUCACAUGAUUUAAUCACUUGGUGAUUUGUGAGGUACUCAUGUGCUGUACACAUUGAUAGAUUUUCAUGUGAACGAAAAUUCCCCCCCCCCCCCCCCAAAAAAAAGAAUGUACACCAGGCUGUUCCCUUUUCGGCAGACAGCGAAGGUCAAGGUCAUUCUGAAGCUGACCUUCGUCUUUUUCUUUUUAUUUUUCUGCCUAUAUAGUUUGUAUUGUGUGAUGACGUCAUCGUGGAUGUUUCCCACCGUCUUUGGUUUGAGAAAACCGGAUGCUGUGGCACACCGGGAGUUUCCAUCCGCUGUAUUUCGUUUUUACCAGAAAUGCAGAUCCUUAAAACUAAAACUGGUUGUGAUGGAUAAAAACAUUUUAUCUUCAUUGGUUGGAGAAUAUCGUGUGCCGUGGGAAAAUGUUACCAUGGUUUCGUUCGGCGUUUUCGAAGCUGAGGGGAUACAAAUGGAAAAGGCUGAACAAUCCGGCAAAUUCAGGAUGCUUGGGUUUACCAAUCAGAAACCGACUUUCGGUACUUCCGCACAGAAACACACUUCCUGUUUCCUGUUCCGGUUCAGGUGGACCACGCUGACAAUCAGUGUGAUGGUUAUCUACAAAAAUGACGGAUUCUACAGCACUGAUGUUUGCGGGGAGGAAUCGAGAACUAGGAUAUACGGAAUCAUAAUGGAUGAAUUUCAAACAAAACAAGUCACUGUUAACAACACAAUCAUGGUUGUCCCGGCAAUGACACACUCUUUCGUGAGGGAACUUCCUUUUUCUACUUACGUAUCCUGUCAAAGAUGGCGGUCACCUCCAGGCUUGACGGAGGAAGGGAAGGCCCACUUACAGGCCUUGUUACACCUGAAGGAGGUAGCCAGAACACUAGGGAAAACUGUGUUUAUAUUUUCUAAAACUUUGUUGGGCUGGUAUCGAGACUGCGCUUUCUCUGACGUCAUCGACGAGGUCGAUAUGGGGAUGUUUGUGGAAGAUUUGGACAAAUAUUUCCUCACUGCUCUGCAGAAAGAUCCAAACAUCGACGGACAAGUUUUCGGCAAGAUUGCCCACGGCAUGCAUUUCGAGUUGAAGGUGCACGGGAUGCGGAUAAACUUGUUCCUAGUAUACAGGGAUCGCCUGAAGGGAACGAUGUGGGUGCGGCGGAUGGACGUUGGUUGGGGAAGGAUAUUAAGGUUAGUUUACCCCGACUUCGGCCUUUGCUCUGGUCUGUUCUAUGACAGUGUUCUAUACGUUCCCUGUCCUGUGGUCCCGCUCCUAAAGUUCGAGUUUGGGAAAGAAUGGGCCAAAGCCAGAGAUCUCAAGUCCCGGCCCUUGAAUGUGGACAUGGAAAACAGUUUUUCUCCCAUCCAGUUGCCCUCUUUGGUGAAGGAUAUCAAUGAUCCAUCAAUAUCCCUGCGUCAUUAGUAUCUUAACGAUCCCUCUAACUUAAAGCACCAGUAUCUUCCUAAUUAUCCAGCCAGUUUACAGCGCCUUUAGUAAUUUAACCAUCUCUCCACUUUACAGCGUCAUUAGCAUCUAGAAAUCACAACGGUUUUUUUCUGCAGUCACUUUGUUACUGCAUUCCAGCGUUCUAAACUUAUACAGCUCUGCCAUUUCAAACAGAUAAAUGGGUUUGUUUCCAUGAUACUGACUUGCCUCUUUGAUUGGCUGUUAUGUGCACUGGGUAUCUCAUUUAAAAUAUUCGUAUUGGCUGAGCACAUUCUCCACUUGCGCGCGCAGGUUAUUACGUAUACUUAUCGGCAGUCUAAUCGGCAUUUUCAGGAGUCCUACAGGAGUUCACGCAGGGUUUGGGCGAGAAAAGUUGGGGGCUCUAGCAAACUAACGCGAUUUAUCCUCAACCGAGGGCCCCACUGAGCUGGCAUAUCUAACUAAGUAAAAUGUACUAAUGUACAUUCACGUCUUUUGACCGCAACGGUUUGCGCGAGUCUCCACUCGCAAUUCCUAUGAAUGGAAUGUAAAGCUUUUACUAAUAUGUGAAUAUUUUGAUCUUACUGUAAUUCGUCUCUUUCUUUGGACACUGCAAUUAUUUGGACGUUCUCAAAUAUCCCCCACCUAACCCCUACAUUUCCGAACUUCUGAAGGAGUGUCUGAUUAUAGCGUAGAAUAAAUGAAAAACAGAAAAAAGCUCUGCGGUGGGCAUUUCGAACCAUGUCAAUGAUCUGACGCCGAUUCCUUUUACUUUCAUUUUCACCACUGGAAAAAAAUUGUUGUAAGUUUCACCAGUAUAAUAAACAUAUCAUUCUAAUGGGUUUACGGUGAUUUGUUGUUUUUUUUUUAUCGACACCAAAAGUGAUCAAUAAAGCCCAAAUUAAAAAUCA